AUGCUCGAGUACGGUGUGCUUGAGGAGAACAUCUUCUACAGCCGCGACCUUGCUUUCGCGCAGGCCAUUAUGCAACAGACCAAUCACCGUGGGGUGGAUGUCGUUUUGAACUCUUUGGCAGGCGAGGCUCUUCGGGCCACCUUUGAAUGCAUGGCCCAUGUGAUCGGUUUAUCGAGAUUGGUAAACGCGACUGUGACCUUUGCCGCCUGUGACCUCAACACCAUCCUACAACAUGACCCCGCUUGGACCUAUAAUCUCCUCCAAGGGGCUAUGGAACUCUGGCAACUUGGUGUCUUCCGACCAACGUCUCUGUUCACAACGUUCAAGUACUCCCAAUUGGAAACGGCGUUCCGUCAGCUCCAGUCUGGUAGACACGGCGGCAAGGUGGUCUUGACUAUUGACGAUGAUGCUGUUGUCGAGGCUCUUCCAUGGAGCCCUCUGCCACAUCAAUUCCAAGAAGAUGCGACAUAUCUGCUCAGCGGUGGUCUUGGCGGUCUCGGUCGGAGUGCAGCACGGUGGAUGGCCUCUCGUGGGGCAAAAUACUUCCUGUUUCUCUCAAGAUCCGGUGGCUCCAAUGCAGAUGCGCAGCUUCUGCUCAAUGAAUUGAAGACGCCGGAUGUGAUGCGCAGGUCCUUCGGGUUGACGUUGGUGACUCGGUUGCCUUGUAUCAAGCGAUCAAACCUGAUGCCGAAAAAUGUCCCCUAUCCGGGUUUGCAUUCAAGGCGCGAUGACAUUGAUACUAGCGUCAGGUCCAAGGCACGCGGAUCGUGGAACCUCCACGAGGUGCUUCCAAAUGAUCUCGACUUUUCCACCCUCCCUUCUUCAUGCGGUGACGCCCUGGCUCACUACCGUCGAUCUCGGGACCUCAGUGGAACCUCACUUGACCUAGGCCAUAUGCUUGAUAUCGGUGUCAUUGCGGAACGAACGGACAAUCUAUCCACAGCACCCCUCCGAGCGGCAUUCGGGAACCAAGCCGUUCCGCAGGACGAGUUCCAUGCUUUGCUAGAAUCAUUGUAA